AUCUAUCAUGAUACUAGUUUUAUGCAUGUAAUUGUUGCUUUAUCCUUCACAACCAUUUGGAAAUCCAGAGAAGCAGAGGUGUAGUAAUGCUUGGUCAGGUAUCUGCUUGUCCACCCAGUUUAAUAAUAAUAAUACCCCGCCCAUCUGGCUGCAUUCCCCCAGCUACUCUGAACGACUUACAGCAUACUCUAUAACAAAACAUAAUAAAACACCAAACAUUAAAAACUUCCUGAUGCUGGUCUGCCUACAGAUGUCUUCCUUGACAUCUGAAGGGAGGGCAUUCCACAGGCCACUACUGAGAAGGCCCUCUGCCAGGUUCCUUGUAACUUCACUUCUCGCAGUAAGAGAACCACCAGAAGACCUCUGGAGGAGGACCUCAGUGUCUGGGUUGAGCGAUGGGGGUGGAGAUGCUCCUUCAGGUAUACAUGAACCACGUGGCAUACUAAGGGAUAAGUGACCCAUGGACUUAAUCCAUCCCCAGGGAUUUCCUAAGUCUUGCCCCUGCAUAGGCACUGGUUCUAGGGAUAAUACACCAGCUAUUUCCUCCAUGUAACCUGAAGCACAGGCUAAGGCUCACUUGUGUUCUCUCCACAGUUCAACAUCAGCAGAGGUUCUGGCAGAUUUCUGCAUUUUAUGUGCUUCAGAUGCUCGCUGCUGUAUGCAAACGAAGGCAUGAAGCAGCUGAGGUACAUAAGGGGAGGAUUCUGAAAGAAACCCUGCAGCUACUUGGUAGUGGUGGUGAAGUAAAGGACUUAAAGAUCCCUGUGCCUGGAGAAGUGAUUAACCAUGUAAUCCUAUACAUGUCUAAUCAGCAGUUCGAGUCCAAUGGGAGUUCUGGGUAAGUGGGUAUAGGAUUGCAGCCCGACAUGCAUAGUAAGGAAAAAUCUUUGCCAAAAUCUUUUUACUGCCCCCACACAGUAGGAAGGCGUUAAAGAGCCCUUUGCCUGGGCCUCAGCCUGUGUAGGAGUGAAUAGGGUCAGUAUUACUGACUGUUCUGGUCUCCAGGUUGUAGUCAAUGCUAGUGCUAUUCAGAGUAGACCCAUUGAAAUACAUGGGCCUAAGUAAUGCCUAUCAGUUUCAUGGGUCUACUCUUAAAUAGGACUUGUUCAGUUAAAAUUAUGGGCCCUUAAUUACCAACAAAAGGUAUCAUUUACCUGCUUCUUAUCCUCUCCUGCAUUCAGUGGAAUACAGAGAUUGCAGUGGAGACCAGAGAGAGAAUGCUGGUAAAACAAGAGGAGAUCUACUGUAUUCUGAAAAGAUUGAGAUGUCAGAAUUUUGAUUAAUACUCGUAUCUGCUUUUUUAAAGCAUGUAUGGAAAAUACAUUUGAAGCAUGUUCAAUGAGACAGGAAAUAGCAGCAGUUACAGCCAAAUGCACCAGUGUCCAUUAUCUAGUUUGCUCUUCCUCUGCAUAGAAUAAGCUAUAGGAACGUCUCAGUAGGAGGUGUAUUGGAAAUGAGAGCUUAGGGAAGUUGAACUAAGCUGGCUGGAAGCCUCCUAUUUUUUUCAUGAGCACAACCAACAUGAGUUUGAAUGUGUGCCUUUAAAUGGCAAUAAUUUAAAACCAUCAGCAUCUAAAUAGCCACUACCUCUGUUAUUCAUCUCUCAAAGCAUUCUCAGAAUGUGGUAGAUCCACUAAUGAAUAACAGCUCAUGAAACUAGUGCCAAGGCUCUAGCAGCCCUUCCUCAUAUUAGACAUCAAGAUGUUAACCUUGUGUUCAUAGCUGCCAAGUUUUCCCUUUUCUCACGAGGAAGCCUAUUCAGCAUAAGGGAAAAUCCCUUAAAAAAGGGGAUAACUUAGCAGCUAUGCUUGUGUUUGGUAAACAAAAGAUAUACAAAACCCUCUGCAUGAUUUCAUUGGAGACUGAAUUGAGCAUGAGAAGAAAAGGACUUGUUGUUGCUGCAGCUGCUGCUUUCUUUCCUCUCUCUCUCUUUUUUAAAAAAUGGUCCCAUUUCAGCUGCCUGUGUGGCCCUCACUUCAGCUGUUUAUUUUAGUUGAGCCAAAAGGCACUUUUCUAAAGAUGAUUUAUUAGUUAAUAAAACAGGGGAGACUGCAAAGUUUAGGGGACUUGUGAUACACAUUCAGGCUUGUGCUUUCAAAAGAAACUAGAAUAAUAAAAUUUGUACAUCUAGAAUGGGAUGAAAGCCUUCUGGUUAUCCCUCUUCCCCUUGCAAUAGAGGCCAGAUUCUUCAUAUCCCAAAUAACCUUAAGGAGAUUACCCUACAUCCUUCUGAUUUCCAUAUGCUCUAAAUGCAAAGGAGGAAGGAUGACUGAGGUGCACCACAACAACAGGAUCUUCUGCCAAGCAGGCAACUUGAGUAAAACAAACACGGAUGGCUUAAGCAGACAAUCUGUACUAACACUGUAGGCCCUACAGUAAAAGAGUGUCGUGGUGGGACCUCCAGGAUUAGCAACCAGUUUAAUAUGUAGGUAAUUCCUGUUCCAACUAUGUCAAUCCAAAACUUGGAAUUAAGCCUUUAUAUCAGUGUUUGGUUUAUAUUUGUUUGUUUGUUUUUGCAGUUAUAGUGGUAGAGUCCUUUAAAUUCUUGGGCUCUAUGAUCUCUCAAAAAUUGAAUUGGUCAGAUAACAUCAAUAUUAUUAUUAAAAGGGUACACCAGAGAUUGUAUUUCUUGUGACAACUAAGGAAAUUUAAUCUGCCCCAAGAAUCGCUGGUCCAAUUUUAUAGAGGUACUAUUGAAACUGUUCUCUGUAAUUCCAUUACUGUCUGGUAUGGUACAGCCUCUAGCUGGAUAAGAAGAGGCUUCAACGAGCAGUAAGAACUGCAGUCUGCAGAGAGGGUAAUUGGUGUUAGUUUGCCUCCAAUAGAGACACUUUAUGCCGCUCAAGUCAGGAAGAGAGCAGAGAGAAUUGCUGAGAUGUAGACCCUUCGCAUCCUGGUCAUCACUUGUUUGAUUUACUCCCAUCUGGACAUCGGUACAGGACUCUAUAUACAAAAAUGUCUAGGCACAGGGAUAACUUUUUUCCUAGUGCCAUCAAAUUGUUGAAUCUGUAGUUGUGGGCGGAAGGGAGGCCAGUUGGUGGUAUGGGGUCUUUACGCUGUGCUGUUGUAUUCUGAGGGGAAUAGUGUAUGAGGUAUGUUUUUUCUUUACAUUGCAAUGUAAAGGUAAAAGUAAAGGGACCCCUGACCAUUAGGUCCAGUCGUGAUCGACUCUGGGGUUGUGGCACUCAUCUCGUGUUAUUGGCCGAGGGAGCCAGCGUACAGCUUCCAGGUCAUGUGGCUAGCAUGACAAAGCCACUUCUGGCGAACUAGAGCAGCACACAGAAACGCUGUUUACCUUCCCGCUGUAGCGGUACCUAUUUAUCUACUUGCACUUUGACAUGCUUUCGAACUGCUACGGUAGGUUGGCAGGAGCUGGGACCGAGCAACGGGAGCUCACCCCAUUGCGGGGAUUCGAACUGCUGACCUUCUGAUCGGCAAGCCCUAGGCUCUGUGGUUUAACCUACAGCGCCACCCACGUCCCCUUACAUUGCAAUGUAGUCAAAGCAAAAUUCCAAGUAUGGUUGAUGUUGUUGUUGUUUAGUCGUUUAGUCGUUUCUUACUCUUCGUGUCCCCAUGGACCAGAGCACGCCAGGCACUCCUGUCUUCCACUGCCUCCCGCAGUUUGGUCAGACUCAUGUAGGUAGCUUCGAGAACACUAUCCAUCUGGAGGGCCGCAGUUUGGGGAUGCCUGCUCUAGAUUGUUGAUGAAAUUGAUAACUGGGGAAAGUUGUAUCACAACUCCAAUUAAAUGCCUUUUAUCAUUUUCAGAUAGAAAAACAACUCUCUUUGUGGAAUGACUGCCGCUAGUAUUCAUGUAAUGUAAUAAACCUAGUCAACACUGGGAUUUUAUUCAGGACAGGAUUUUGCCUGAAAGGGAAAGUAUACUCCUUUAUUCUCCAUGGAUUAUGACACUCAUAAAAAGGACAUUUUGGAAAAUAAGAAGCUCUGCCAUGGAUUAGCUUAGCUAAUUAGCUAGCUUUCACCACAACAUAAGGCUAACAGAUGAUAUCUUGAAAGUCCCAUUGAACUGAUUGGGACUUGCUUCUAAAAAGCAUGUAUGGAGUUGCACUGAUAAUAAGGAUGACAAUAAUAAUUUCCCUAUUGAUACUGAUAGUCAUCACUGUGCUAAUGUUGACUGUAUUAUACAAAUGCUACUGUUAUUAAUGCUGUAUUUUAAUUUUUCAGUGAGUGUAAGAGGAAACGAGGAAUGAAUUAGCAGGGAAUAUAGCAUCAUAUCAUGCCUUAGCUGGAUACAAUCCAGUGUUCUUUUGAAAUGUCUUAUCUAUGUUUGUAAUGCAAUAGAUGGUAUUUGAUAUAGAUUAGGAUAUAAAUCCAGGGGACCGCAUGGCUGUCUGGGUGGUUGUUUCUGUCAACCCUUAAACCAGCCUUCCCUUCCUUGGUUCCCUGCAUAUAUUUUCCACAGCUCACAAUUAGCCCCACUCAGCAUGGUCAAGGCUCAGGAAUGAUGGGAGUUUAGGACUGAAAUAUUUAGAGGGCAGGAGUUUGUCUUGCCCUAGAGUGAGGUGAUGGUUUUAACCCUUUAUUUCCUUUAUGGUCCCAAUUUGGAUCAGAGACCCAAUAGCUCUAGAGUUUUGAAAUCUCUUCCCCCCACCAGGGGUCCCAAUCCAGAUUCCCCCUGCACUGAAGAUUUGUGCUUUAAUAAGAACAAAAACCAUGCACCUAAGGGUGCAGAUAAGGAACUAAUAUACAGUACUGUACUUGGAAUGAGUUUGUGACCCACUAGGAAAUAUUUCCUUGUGCUGUGCCUCUGCAUGACUCCACCAGCUGCAGCCUGUCUGUUGAACCCACUUGCCUGCCACCAGGCUAGGAAUGGGAGAUAAGAAUGGUGUCUAUUCUCAUUUUAAUGCAAAUCUACCUAAUUCACACUUCCAGUGCACAAAAUGAAACUCAGCUGUCUAUGAAAUUUGCAUUUCAAAUUUUGGGAUGCAAGUUUUCAACUAAAAAUGCAUAUUAAAAUGUGCAUACUGGUGAACAUAAUGCAUAAAAAUGCAUUACAUUGGGGAAAAUGGCAUGCAGAAGGUUACAAAAGUUAGUAUAUUAGAAGACUUUUUGUUUCUUUUCUUUUUAAAAAAAAAUGCAUACUUGAUACAGAAAUAGGGCAAACCAAAGUUAACAGGAAAAAUGAGAAAACAUGAGAAACCAGAACUGCCAAGAUUCCACCAUUCCUUAGCCAGAUCUGUGUGCUGUCCAGCAAGAAUGACCUGAGUAGAAAUGAUGGCUUGAGCCUAGGCUGCUGGAUGCAUAGCUGGAAAAUGCAGGGGGAUCAUUUUUUUCCUUGCCACCACCUAAGGAUCUCACCUGAUAUGAUUGUGGCAUAGGGGUGGGGAAUAUUGCAUGUGCACUCUGCUCCUGGGGCUCAGUGCGAUGCUGGCAGUUCUGUGCAUUCAGCCUCUGCGUGGUUUUGGCUUGUGCACCCUGUUUUUUGCACACUAGAUGGGAGCUGAAUCAUAUCUGGAAGCUUUCAACUUUGUUAUCCUUGUGCUGCUCAUAAUAGAUGAUUCAUGCUUUUAUUACUUUUCCUUUCGGCAUUCCAAUGACAUCCACACCUUGCAAAGUCAGUAUGAACCUUGCUUUUUCCUGUGAACAAAUUCUCUGCUAAAACUGUUCAGGUUAUUCUUCUUAUACCAAAUCAAGUUCAGUAGCUGUGUAAGUGUUUCUCUUCCAAACUAACAACUUGUUCAGAUCCAUGUUUGAAAAUAUUAAUUCCUUUGCUUCCUGAGCAAGAGUUAAACUCUUCACCUCCUUUUUAUAGCACGGGCAGUGUCAAAAGAAACUAUUAUUACAGUUCCUUCCUUCCGGUAUAUUAUUGAAAUGGGGCGUGCUGAGAGAAUUUGCUGUUUUGGCAGCUGAUACGUUAUCUCCCAGCUUUUGCUAUUUACAGAGGGUGUGUUUUCACCACAUGCCCAUCAGUCUGCCUGACAAUAACGCUGCUUGUCCUUUAAUUUCUGCCAGAAGUCAAGUUGUGAACUGAAUUAGCUCUUUGCUUACACUCUUUGAGUGUACCAAAGGUUGGGACGUUUAAUUCCCUUUUAAAAUUAAGAAAAUACACCAAUCAUCUCCCUAAUAAAGCUUCACUUUCCAUCAUCCAUUAUAAAAUUAUUUGGUGCCUAUAUUUAAUCAACCUUUUUUUGUUCCCCUCUGCAUAGGUUAAGAGCAUCCAUCCACCAAGUCAUAUAGCCUUCCCUGACAUUGCACUCUCCAGAUUUUAUUGGUCUACAGCAGGCUUCCCCAAAUUUCGGCCCUCCAGAUGUUUUGGACUACAAUUCCCAUCAUCCCUGACCACUGGUCCUCUUAGCUAGGGAUCAUGGGAGUUGUAGGCCAAAACAUCUGGAGGGGAUGCCUGGUUGGAAAUUAAACAAAGGUUCUGCUGGUUUCUCUUUAAGGUUUCCAGACUCAAAAGAGAGCAGGGCAAUUAAAGGCACAGAAGUCCUGUCCACUAUUGAGUCUGGCAACCCUAUCUACAGCUUCCAUCAGCCCCAGCCACCAUCGCCAAUGUUCAGAAAUAAUAGGAGCUGUAGUUCGACAACAUAUAGAGGGCCACGGAUUAUGGAAAAUUGAUGUAGAUCAUGCUGCCUUUUUAGUAUUUGGUGGUGGGUGGUACAAAAAAUUUUACUAGAUCCUCGUGGCAAACCUCUGAAUGAUUUGUUGUGAUGAAAUCCCCUUGCAUGGUUUCUGCUUUAAGAGCAACUACAGCUUAUUUAUUUAGACUACACUUCUCCCCUCUCUUGCUCAAGGAGUUCAGAGUGGUCUCAGGUGGUCUCCAAUUCAGGUAAUUUACAGGGCCUAAACAUACUUAGUAACUCCAGUGGCAGAAAUGCAUAAUCUGCCCUCUGGUUUGCUCAAGUACACCAGGCUUUAUUCUGUAGUGCAAACAAAAUUAACUAUUCCCUCUACGUCCAUUGUUACCGUAUGUAUGCAUAAUUGUGCUACUCUACCACACGAAGCUGUCCAAAUGAUAAGAUAAAACUUUCAGGGUACUUCUAUAACAAUGGUUGUGGACUACUGUUGGUACAUGGACCACAGUUUGGGAACCCGUAUCCUAUAUGUUGCCCCACCUUCAAAGGUUAGAUCAAUUGUGGCGAAAGGGGACUCUUCAGCUCUAGCCACCCAGUCUGUGGAAUGCUUUCCCCAGGGAGGCUUCCCUGGCACAAACUCUCACCCUUCCAGUGCCAGAGGAAGAUCCUUUCAUUCACUCCAGCUUCUGCACUAUUAGAUCAAGUUUAUCCUACUCCUAUUUUCUCUGGUGCACUGUUGAUUUUUAUUUUUGUACAGUUUCUAUUUUUGUCUUUAAAUACUGAUCGUAAGCCAUCCUAUAAUUUGUCAAGCCUAAAUAAAAUACUCUGUUAAAGCCACAGAAAAACCUUCUGAUUGAACUAUGCCUUUGUGCUCAUAGACGAGGCAAUUCAAUCUUCCUUAACCUGGGGUGUAAUUUCCGAGGAGGAGUUUGAAUGGAUGGGUGUGCCUGGGAGUUUCUGUGAAACUUUUAAAGCUUUCGACAAACAACUGGUAAAUUGGAUGGUGUGGAACUGAUACUGUAUGUGAUGUCAAACCAGUAGGCUGUUCUCUGGAGCCUCCCACACACUAUUGUAACGUCAUGUGCCAGUAUGAAUAUUAUUAACACAGACACACAUACUUCAGUGCUCUGCAACGGAAGAGGAGGAAAGAGAAACUAAACGUUCAGAAUCAAUGAAUGGACUGCCUGCAAAAUGUUGCAUAUCUAACUUCUGCUGAGAAUACCUCCCAUUUCUGCUAUUGGAGAAGAGCUGAGCGGAAACAGGAUCAUACCCCACCAUUAAUUUCCAUUCAUAUAUACUUAUUACAAUCCUUUUUUAUCUUGGAUUUCAGGCUCUGAACUGCUUUGGCUGCAGGCACUUGGGCAGCAAUAUGUGUCAUGUCAUUGUCACUUGCCGCUCAAUGCUGUGGACACUCCUGAGUAUUGUUGUGGCAUUUGCAGAGCUCAUAGCCUUCAUGAGUGCUGAUUGGCUGAUUGGCAAGGCAAAACCUGGGAAUUCUGAGGGCAUGGACAAUGGGAUGGGAGGAUCGCUGGAGCCGUUUCGUCCAACCUUGGGGAUCUACGGACGCUGCAUCAGACUCUCACACAUGAAAUCAUCGAUGCCCGACACGCUUUGUGGCCCUUAUGCUGAAAACUUCAAUGAGAUUGCCAGUGGGUUCUGGCAAGCGACGGCUAUUUUCCUUGCCGCAGGGAUCAUGAUACUCUGUGCUGUUGCAUUUGUAUCUGUUUUCACCAUGUGUGUACAGAGUGUUAUGAAGAAAAGUAUUUUUAAUGUCUGUGGGCUGCUACAAGGGAUUGCAGGUCUCUUCCUUAUUCUAGGCUUGAUCUUAUACCCUGCUGGCUGGGGUUGUCAGAAGGCAAUAGACUAUUGUGGACAUUAUGCUUCUGCUUAUAAACUUGGUGACUGUUCUCUGGGCUGGGCUUUCUACACUGCAAUUGGUGGCACUGUUCUGACAUUCAUCUGCGCAGUCUUCUCCGCCCAAGCUGAAAUUGCCACCUCCAGUGACAAAGUACAGGAAGAAAUUGAAGAAGGGAAAAGUCUUAUCUGUCUCCUUUAAUGACUCAAGAGAACCUUUACAUGUCUCAGCAGAAUUGGCUUCUAAAUGGACUCCUAAAUGAACUGGUGCCAAGACACACACAAAAGCCUUUAGAACUCAAGCAGUAUUGUGUCACUUAAUGGGCAUGGAGGACUAUCAGCAGCAUAAGAAGAAAAUGUUACUUUGUCAGCAUCACAGCACCUGGCUGCAGUGGAAGGAUGCUACAACAUACAGCUGUUGGCUUCCAGUUUGUAUGAACAGUGCCUAAUGAUUUUGGAAAUGCUUAGUUCUUCUUGUAUGUUCACCACUAUGAAGGAUUGCAGAGGAAUCCUUGGAAGGAUAUUGCUGAAUACAAGUCAAUAUGUUUCCACUAUGUACAGAAAGAUAAUGUAACCAGGCUUCAAGUUCAAAGGUUUUAGAUGCCACCUUGGUGCCAUUCCCACAGCAGUUUCUUCGGGAUGCAUUUAGAAGAGUUUAUCUUGUUGAAAUAGCACGUGGGGAAAACUUGGAUACAGGAAAUAUGCAGGGAUUCCAAAUGAAGCUUGCAAGGAAGGGAUUUUCAUAGGCUGGGGCUUGUAAGCAAUACUUUGCCCAGUAAACAUGUGAAAUAGGUUGCUGUAGUCAGAACAAGUACAGUAUACAGCAGCCACCAGAAUGAAAGCUAAAUUAUUUUGGGCUCAGGAGCACAGGUAGUACUGGCAAUAUGUGAUUGAUUUAGCUGUAUAAAUGUAGAUAGGUGAAGCAAGUCUUAGGAACUAGUAAUGGUAGUACUUAGGCCGCAAAGGUGUACCUCCUAGUGGAAAGUGUAGACCUUAAUCCACCUUCAAGGACAGUAGCAAGCAGAGUAAUGGUGCCCACAGGGUACCUCCAACAGCUUCUUGCCAUUCCUAGUACAGACUGCCAUUGUGUUCAUCUUGCCCAAGAUUAUGUGCCUAAAAUAGCCACCUAAGGACAGACUCUAUUAAGGUCUGAUGCUUUUGAAAGAUCUUUUUACAGCUAUAUUGCACGCUGGUGAUUUUAAUCAGCUCAAUGAUUUUUCCAGAGGUGAUCUUUUUCUGCAAGACAGUGCAUACAUACACUUCUGCAAUUUUUCUACAAGCCUAAGAAUUUUUGAAACCCAUUAAAACAAAAUAUCAUGGUGCUGUCAUAAUGACGGGUUAACUGAUGGCUAAUAUUAAGAUGUUCAUGUAUUAGAUUAGCCUUAUUAACAUUGAUCUCUCAUAUUUUACCUUUUGAUGGGAAGAACUUGCAGCAGUUGGAGGCCAAGAAGCUAGACUAAAAUUUUACAUCAAAACCACUAAUGAUAACCACUUAUUUCUACCAUAGCUUCUAAAAUUAAGAAAAUUGAAAUUUCCAGUAACAAGGAAUGUAUCUACCCCUCUAACUCAGGUUUAUUGUGCAUGGCUGCUGCUUCUUUAACCACUGCUAUAGUAAGUACUACAAAAAUGAGCAACAACUAUGUACAUACAAAUUUUGUGGGGGUAUUACCAACUAUGCUGAUAUGUUCAGUUCCAGCAGUACCGAUUAAGACAUUACCUUGAACAACAAAGUUUGCUUUCCUUUGUCAGAGCUGCUGCUACUCCUUCCACAAUUUCUCCUGUUCAAAAACUUGUGGACAUUCCCAUUAACAAGAGCAUAAAAGAGUUUAUGAUUAAUACAUUAUGAUUAUAAUACAACAUGCAUUAAGACUUUAGAAGCGUGAUGGACACCAUUAAGUAGUCUUCCUACCUUAAGGAUAAGGUCUUAUAAAACAACCAACAACAACCAGGUUCACCUAACUUGAAAAUCCAAAUAUUGUAAACAUUGUUCCAUCAUUUACAAAGUGGUAGAUUACUUGCGACCCAAGCCAAAUGCAGCCUACUUUUGUGUCUCUGCCAGAUGCAUAACAACCCUUGUUCAUUUUUGCAGCUUUAAGCAGGCAGCACAUAAAGGAAGGCUUGCAAGGUCCUGGUAACCAAAACACAUAGUUGUGGACUAUGCUUGGCUUGAUAGGUCACAAUCUGCACAGGUCUGAGGAAGACCAUCUCAUUCUAGAACAUGGUGGGCUUCUCCUGUUUAAAAGGGCUCCCUCUUAAUGUCCAUGCUGAUGUUCUUUAGUUUGCUCUCCUUUUUGGUACUUUUUGGCAGCAGCGAAAAACCUCUGGAUUGAAAGUGAGGUUCAAUUAGAGCUAACCUUUUUAGAUCAGAAUGCAUAUUCAAUAAGGACACAGGGCUAAUGAAAUAUUUGUUUGGCAGUCAAUUUUAUCACAGAAUAUGAUCUUGGCACAUUUUACAUGGAUAAUUUUUAUGUCUGAAGCUGCCCCCCCCCCAAUGAAUAUUGCUGUAAUUAUUAUGGCUGUGAUCCAGGUGUGUAGUUACUCCAAGUCAGAAUAUGUAUUCUGUUUCCCCCUUUUAAAAAUACAAUUGCUCUCACAAUUUCUCUUUAGAUUUCCUUCUCCCCAAAUGGCAGUUUGGCGAUAAGAGCCAUAAGCUGUUAAAAAGAAGAAGAUGCUGAUUCAAUAAUUUGUUUCACAUCUCUAACCCCAUUUAUUGUUAAGUUGCUCUUGCACUUAACCUCCAUACUGCUUUUUGAGAUACAAACAUUUGAAGGUAAUUGAGGGAUAACACUAAGAUUUCUAUCACUUUCUCUGGGGAAACUAUCAUGGGAUUUCAAACAAACAGCUUCCAGUCUAGAAUUGAAGUGGCAAAAUCAGAAAUUAAUGUGUCUAGAGAGUGAGAGUGUUCACAGUUGAAAUUAAAGAUUUUAUGGAACAGAUUAGUAGUAUAUGGGGCUCUUGAAAAAUGUUUUAAGGAAUUCAUUGCUGUAACAAACCAUUAUUUACUUGGUCUCUCACGUUUCCAACUGCCCUUUUAGUAAGGGUUACAAAUGGCCAUGCCAACUUUAGACAAUACACUGUAGUGCUGCAGUGUUUAAAGCAAAAAUUGUCAUCUUAAAAAAGAGAGUCCCCCCCCCUGAAUUGAACAGUUAAAAUAAAAUCAUAAAAGCUGCAGUUGGCAAGAACUUCUUUGCAAAUAGAUUUUUACUCCUGUUGGAAAGUAAUAAAGAGAAUGCUUCUAAGACACUUCCUAUGACUCAGGUAUGUAUCUAAAACCAGCAGCUUUUUCUCUUUGUAAAAAUAAAUCACAUGCACACAUGAUUGAGCAAUGGAUCAAUCCCAUGUGUUUUAGUCAAUGAUUUAAAAAGGUAAAAUAUUUCUUUAGUUGUGCAAUGGCUAAUAUUUCCAAAUCCAGUAUGGUAGAUACAGCUUUAACCAACACUCGAAGUGGCAUUUGGUCUAGUUAUAAACUCUACAUUCUAAUGUACAUGAACCACAGAAUUGCAGACUAUAAAUGCUAAGUGAAGUUUCUAUAACAUGGACUGGAAGCAUACCUAGGAGAAGUGUGUGCAUUAUGAAACUUAGGCCCUGGGAAAUAUUACCACAUAAUUGGGAAGUUUAAAUGUAUUUAACAUUACAUCCUACUAAGAUGAUGCUUUACUGUGCUACCACCUAGCAAGAACUUGUAUUUGUUGCUUACCUAUAAAACACAGGUAUGAAUGGUUCCAUGGUCAAAAACGAGCUGAGUCCUGCCCAUCAUGUAUUGUAAUACAGUGUUUCUCAACCUUUUUUGGGCCACGACACACUUGUUCCGUGAAAAAAAUCACGAGGCACACCACCAUUAAAAAAGUUUAAAAAGUUAACUCUGUGCCGCCCUAUAUUAUAAUUAUGACUGUAAGAAACACUUGCCAAAUAUUGCUUUCUGGCGGGUCAGUGCUGAAUAUUGGCGGCCGCCAGGCUCGUUUGCACUGAGCUUUGGGAAAGAGGAGGAGAAAUAUUGCUUUCCGGUGGGCACGUGACAAUGCAAAUCGCCCUUCUCGUCGCCGCACGUCGCGGCACACCAGCCAGCGUCUCGUGGCACACUAGUGUGCCGUGGAACAGUGGUUGAGAAACGCUGUUGUAAUAAGCUCUAAAGGGACAAGCAUUUUCUCUGUUGGAGAGCUUUCCAGAAAGUCCUAUCUCAGUAAUAUGCAGACACAAUUCCUUAUGUGAGGCUAUAUAUUACAGUAUUGUGGGAGGAGGGAGAGAACUCAAGGAAAAUCUAGUUUAAAUUUUUUUUCCAAUGGCAUAGUUCAGAUUUCAACCACUGAAAUAUUUCAGCCCAUUCUUUUGCAAAUAAGCACAUCAGUAACCAAACAUUGGCAUUCCUUACAUGGCAUAAUGCAUCUUUCUUAUGGUUGAAAUAUAUCCUAGUUUUCAUUUAAACUUAUAUUUCAUGAAUUCCAAUAAAUAUUUCCUAAUUCCAAGAAAACUUACAGCAUGGUUGGUUUUGUCACUUUUACACCCAUUGCUAUCAACACAACUUUGUGUUUCCUUGGAUAGAAGCUUUAUUGCCAGUCACAAGGUUUAAAUCUAUGUACAAGGAAUCUUGAAAGUUUUCCAGACUACAUCCUGUGGUUUAAGAAAGAUUUUGUGUUUUACCUCUAAACAAACUUCAAGAACCCCUUUUUUAUAAAGUAUUUUGCCUUCACAAGAUGACAUAUAUGUGAAUGCUUCUUAGUGUGUGUUAUAUUAACUCAAGAAAUUGUGUUUUAAACCUGUGUUCUAAACAGCUCAAAAUGUGUAAAAAAACAAUUUAUUUCUUAAAUAGCUGCGGCUGAAUCAUUUUUGUAAACAUUUACUGUAUUAUGUGCCACUGCUUUCCAGAGGGUAAAAAAUUAAAAGAUACACAUGGCGUGAGAUGUGCAAUAAGGAAAAAGAGAGGUUGAAAGGGUCAAAGGCAAAUACAGCUACACUAAUUCUAUUUCAUAUUUAUCAGAUGUGAACCAUGUCCUGUAAAAUCCCUCAUUGGAAUGAAGGUGGGGUUAACAAUAAUUGGAAUGAUGGAUUUCCAGCAUCUCCUGAACUCUGAGAAAUCCAGGCCUACUUAUUUAUAGCCUAAAUGUGAAGGAUUGUUUAGCAAUUAGCAAGCUCAUCAACAUAAAAGGAACGAGAGGAAUGUUUGAAGCUCUCUAGUCAGCUAAACAUAGUAAAGGAUGUUGUUGAGCUGUAUUGCUAAUUUAAUUUGUCUACGAUAUAGUAAUUUCUUUGCCUAAUAAACAGUUAUUAACCCUUGAA